UUUCUCAUCUCCUCUCUGACAUAAACCGCAAUCGCUCGUUGUCAAGCAAAAUGUCAACAAGCGAGUUGAACGCACUCGAGGCCCUCGGCCAGACCACAAAAGUCACCGGACCGGCUUCCACCAAGUCCAUCUCCGGGAAGAUUCUCAUCGGCGUGACCGGUGGCAUCGCCGUCGGCCUCUCCAUCGUGUGCUUCCCGUUUGUGGCGCCGGCGUUGCGUAAACACUGCCUGCCGUACGUUCCGGCCACGAGCCGCCAGAUCGAGAAUGUACUGGCGUCGGUGCGUCUGGCUGAUGCGGCCAGGGGGAACCGGCUGCUGGACAUUGGUUCUGGCGAUGGGAGGAUCGUGAUUGCGGCCGCAAAGACACACCGGAUGGAGGCACACGGGGUGGAGCUGAACCCGUGGCUGGUGUAUUAUUCAAGGUUGGCUGCCCUGUCCGGGGGUGUUUUUGGGCAGACGCGGUUCUUCCGGAAGGACCUGUGGAAGUACGACAUUUCCGGGUACAACAAUAUCGUGAUUUUCGGAGUGGAGCAGAUGAUGGCAGAUCUGGAGACCAAAAUUAAAGCGGAAGCCCGGCCGGACUCUACGAUCAUAGCGUGUCGCUUCCCGUUUCCGACACUGGAGCCAACCAAAACGAUAGACGCCGGAAUCGACUCGGUUUGGGUGUAUCGGAGUGGAGGAAAAGACGUUACACAAAGCACCUAGCUUGUAUAGUUGUAAUUUUUGUUAAACUAUUCAAUAGAUAUAUAAAUUAGUACAUUGAAAUGCGCAGUAACUUUUACCUUUCUCAA